AUGUGCCCCAGGAACGUGAACCUGUCGCGCUUCGGUCGAGGAGACACCAUCACCCCCCCCGCGCCUGCAUCGCCGGCGGAGAGUGUCGACUCUGGCGACGAUUACGAUUAUCCUCCACCUAGACGUCCGCCUGAAAGCCAGUACUGGGCUCCCCAUGCUCCCGCUCCCCCCGGAGGCUAUGCCCGGAGUUCCGUCUCGGCGCCUUCAUACAAUCCAUACCCCCCACAAGGGAUUAUGCCACACGGAGUGAUGCAGCCAGGACACGCCGGGCAUCCGGGGAUGCCGUCGAAUCAAUUGGUACAGCUGGGACAUAUGGGCCAUAUGAACGGCAUGCAUGGCCAUAUGGGCCAUUAUCCCCCGAUCCAGCAGCAUCAUUAUCCCUACGGGCCACCUCCAUUCCCACCGCAUCCGCGAGCACAGAAUCACCCGAUGCCGCCGCCUUUCUUCAACGGCCAGGACCACCAAAUGCACCAACAGCCUAUCCCCCUCCAACGUCAUCACGUUCACCACCAUCGCCGUACGCGGAGCCAAUCUCGUCCGCCACCCGCCCCACGGGAUGAGAGUGAAAGCCCUCCGCCCAGAAGCCCACAUGCCCAUCCGCUGCCUGGUCACCCCCACCCUCAAUUCUCCCCCGCUCAGUUUGGCCCUGUGGAUAUGGUUCCUUACGGCAUGCCCCCCGGCGGUCCCCAUGGAAGUCCGCACGGGGGUCCGCACGGAGGCCCUGCUUACUUUCCCCCUUACGGCCAUCAGUUCCCUCCGAUCCCCCAUGGCAUGCCCCCGCCCCACUUCUUCCACCAAUUUCAACCAAAAUUUACCUAUAGAAUAAGACUGUGCUAUUAUGGUAUGGAGGAUCUGAUCCGGCAAGCAUUCCUCCACGUUGACGUAAUUGGACCGCAUGUUGCAGAGGGCCAUUAUGAUUUAGUUGGCCCUAACGGCGACAUCAUCCUCCCACAAGUGUGGGAAACCGUAGUAGAGCCGGACUGGGCCAUCACUAUGCAUAUGUGGCCCAUCCCGGACAAGCCCAAGAAGCCUAAAAAGACCAAGUCUCCGGAUCUGCCUGAAGUACUAGAGGACGACCCCAAUCUGGUUACCAUCGUGGAUCCGAAGGCUCCAGGUGCGCACCCUCCUCCUCUUCCUCCUCCACCACCACCCAUACCUCCGCCUCCACCAGACGCCGAGGUCUUCAUGGCUUCGGAUCUGUUGCCAUUCUCAGAGUCACUUGUUGACACGCUUCACAUUCCAGCGGAUGGACAACCGCCGCCACCGCCUCCCGGUCCUAAGAAACCACGUCCCCGGGAGCCCAACCCGGGAGCCUUCGCCAUGUGGAUGAUAGGGAAUCGAGGCAAGCUGCCUAACAAGCCUUUAAAAGCGGAAAAAAAGCCUGAAGUCGUCCCGCAGCCUCAGCUGCUGCAGCAUGAUGAACAAUGCUGUGUCAUGUAA